AUGACGAGUAUUAAAUUAAGUUUUCUUAUACUGUUUACUUGCGGACUGCUUGCACGGAAUUCUCUAGGUCUAUCGCCUGUAAUCCUCAUCCCUGGGGAUGGAGGAAGUCAACUCGAGGCGAAAUUGAAUAAAACAAAUGUCGUACAUUACAUCUGUGCGAAGACAUCACCUGAUUACUUCAACAUAUGGCUCAACUUGGAGCUGUUAGUACCGUUUGUCAUCGAUUGCUGGGUGGACAAUUUAAAGUUAGAGUAUGACAAUGUUACAAGGACGACAAAAGGCCCCAGCGGUGUUGACAUACGGAUACCAGGGUGGGGGAACCCGGAACCUGUGGAAUGGCUGGACCCAUCACAUCAGAGUACUGGAGCGUACUUCAACACUAUUGCAGAUUCACUAGUCAAGCUAGGAUAUCAGAGAAAUGUGUCCAUUCUCGGAGCUCCGUAUGACUUCAGAAAAGCUCCAAAUGAGAAUGGCAAAUUCUUCACGGAUCUGAAGACCAUGGUGGAAAACACAUACUUGGCCAACAACAAAUCUUCAGUGACACUCCUCGUGCACAGUAUGGGUGGGCUGAUGGCCAUGCACUUCCUACGUCUGCAGCCUCAGGCGUGGAAGGACCAGUACAUCCGACGCCUCAUCUCCUUGUCCACACCCUGGGGCGGGUCCAUGAAGGCCGUCAAGGUAUUUGCUAUAGGUGAUGAUCUAGGCAGUUUAAUGCUCCGAGAGAGUAUAAUGCGCGCGCAGCAGAUAACGUGCCCCUCCCUGGCGUGGCUGCUCCCCUCGCCGCUAUUCUGGAAGCCCGGGGAGAUACUGGUGCAGACCGACAAGUACAACUACACCAUUAAUGACUUCCAGAGGCUAUUCACUGAUAUGGAGCUGCCAGACGCGUGGGAGAUGCGCAAGGACACAGAGAAGUACACGAAAGACUUCGGCGCGCCCGGCGUCGAGGUGCACUGCAUUUAUGGGUACAACAUCAGUACUGUUGAGAGACUAGUAUACAAACCAGGCACCUGGCUCGAUGGGUACCCGACCCUUGCAAUGGGUGACGGGGACGGCACAGUGAACCUCCGCUCACUGAACGCCUGCGAACAUUGGCGCAAAAAGAGGUUCCGUAAUGGAAACUCCGUGAAAUCCCUCGCACUACCAGACGCUGAGCAUUUGAAGAUAUUACACGAUAAACGAGUGCUGGAUUAUAUUCAGUUGGUUAUGAAGAACUGA